AUGGCGGGGUUCUGGACUGGGGCGGCGGCGCUGGCCACUGCGGGACGGCGCGGGCGGCGGUGGCCGCAGCCUUUGAUGCGGAGCGUGGCGCUGUGGACCGUGAAGCAUGUUCCUCAUUAUUCAAGACGGUACUUAGUGGCGUCUCGUACUCUGUGUUCAGCUGGAUAUGAUUCUAAUGAAAAAACUUUUGAUAAAAUUCUUAUUGCUAAUAGAGGAGAAAUUGCAUGUCGGGUUAUUAAAACUUGCAAGAAGAUGGGCAUUAAGACGGUUGCCAUCCACAGUGAUGUCGAUGCUAGUUCUGUUCACGUGAAGAUGGCGGACGAGGCUGUCUGCGUUGGCCCAGCGCCCACCAGUAAGAGCUACCUCAACAUGGACGCCAUCAUGGACGCCGUCAGGAACACCAGGGCCCAAGCUGUACAUCCAGGUUAUGGAUUUCUCUCAGAAAACAAAGAAUUUGCCAAACGUUUGGCAGCAGAAGAUGUCAUUUUCAUUGGACCUGAUACGCAUGCUAUUCAAGCCAUGGGUGACAAGAUUGAAAGCAAAUUAUUAGCUAAGAAAGCAAAGGUUAACACAAUCCCUGGCUUUGAUGGAGUGGUCAAGGAUGCAGAUGAAGCUGUCAGAAUUGCAAGGGAAAUUGGCUACCCUGUCAUGAUCAAGGCCUCAGCAGGCGGUGGUGGGAAGGGCAUGCGGAUCGCUUGGGAUGAUGAAGAGACCAGGGAUGGUUUUCGAUUUUCAUCUCAAGAGGCUGCUUCUAGUUUUGGUGAUGAUAGGCUACUAAUAGAAAAAUUUAUUGAUAACCCCCGUCAUAUAGAAAUCCAGGUUUUAGGUGAUAAACAUGGGAAUGCCUUGUGGCUCAAUGAAAGAGAGUGCUCAAUUCAGAGAAGAAAUCAGAAAGUGGUGGAGGAAGCACCAAGCAUUUUUCUAGAUUCUGAGACGCGAAGAGCAAUGGGAGAACAAGCCGUUGCCCUUGCCAAAGCAGUGAAUUAUUCUUCUGCUGGAACUGUAGAAUUCCUUGUGGACUCAAAAAAGAAUUUUUAUUUCUUGGAAAUGAACACGAGACUCCAGGUUGAGCAUCCCGUCACAGAAUGCAUCACUGGCCUGGACCUGGUCCAAGAAAUGAUACGUGUUGCCAAGGGUUACCCUCUUAGGCACAAACAAGCCGAUAUUCCCAUCAACGGCUGGGCGGUCGAAUGUCGAGUUUAUGCCGAGGACCCCUACAAGUCUUUUGGUUUGCCAUCUGUUGGGAGAUUGUCUCAGUAUGAAGAACCAAUACGUCUACCUGGUGUCCGAGUUGACAGCGGCAUUCAACCGGGAAGUGAUAUUAGCAUUUAUUAUGAUCCGAUGAUCUCGAAACUCAUCACGUAUGGUUCUGAUAGAACGGAAGCACUAAAGAGAAUGGAAGAUGCCCUGGAUAAUUAUGUUAUUCGAGGUGUUACACAUAAUAUCGCACUGCUUCGAGAGGUGAUAAUCAACUCACGCUUUAUAGAAGGAGACAUCAACACUAAAUUUCUUUCUGAUGUAUAUCCUGAUGGCUUUAAAGGACACCAGUUAACAGAGACUGAGAGAAACCAGUUCCUGGCAAUAGCGUCAUCCUUGUUUGUGGCAUCCCAAUUAAGAGCACAGCAUUUUCAAGACCAUGGAAAUUCAAGAGUGCCUAUUGUAAAACCGCAAGUGGCUAGCUGGGAGCUCUCAGUGAAACUGCAUGACGAAAUUCAUACUGUCGUAGCAUCCAAAAGUGGGCCAACAUUCUCCGUGGAAGUUGAUGGGUCGAAACUAAAUGUGACCAGCACGUGGAACCUGGCUUCACCCUUGUUGUCUGUCAACGUUGAUGGCACUCAGAGGACGAUACAGUGUCUUUCUCGAGAAGCAGGGGGCAACAUGAGCAUUCAGUUUCUCGGCACAGUGUACAAGGUGCGUAUCCUCACCAAACUUGCCGCAGAGCUGCACAAAUUUAUGCUGGAAAAAGCUGCCGAGGACACAAGCAGCAUUCUGCGCUCCCCAAUGCCUGGUGUGGUGGUGGCCAUCUCUGUCAAGCCCGGGGACCUGGUAGCAGAAGGUCAGGAAAUCUGUGUGAUUGAAGCCAUGAAGAUGCAGAACAGUAUGACGGCCGGGAAGACUGGCAAGGUGAAAUCGGUACAUUGUAAAGCUGGAGACACAGUUGGAGAAGGAGACCUGCUCGUGGAACUGGAAUGAAGCAUUUACAGCCUUUCAGUCAUCACCCAAUUUAAUUGGCCAUUUGUAUUAUUAUUCUUUCACACUCAAUUUAUUCAGGUGUUCGGCAGGAACACCCCUGUGGGGCAGAUUUUACAUGGUCAUAUUUACUCCACAUAUAGUCAAAACCAACAUUCUGCCAAAAAAAUCACCAAUGGAAAUUUUUUAUUGAUAUAAAUACUUGUACAUAUGAUUUGUACUUCUGCUGUGAGAUUUCCUAGUGUCCAAAUAAAAUCAAUAAAACUGAGCAU